AUGGAGCCACUAGUGGAUCCUGAGUUAGCCGCUGCCGUUGAGGCCUCUCGCCAAGAUAUGUAUCGUCAACAGAACAGACAGGCAUCCCAGGAUAACUUUGUGGAUCUGACCAAUGAAUCGGGAAACGACUCGGACAUUGAAGAGGUAUUCCCCAAGUCAAAGUCCGUGGUUAAUUCCGAGUCUGAAGAUGAUCACGAGCAUGAGCAGCUACAACGUGCUCUUGCUAUGUCGAUAGAGCCUAAUGAGAAACAAACCCCAGACAAUGCGCGGACUCUCAAACAUUUAACUGCAUCCCGUGAGGAUUCCAUGACAUCGGCUGGUUCACUUUUGGGCAUGAACCGGAAGCAAAUGGAAGAGGAGCGUCUUGCACGUCUCGCCAAGCGCAAGGCGGACGAUACUGCGUCUACUCCGCCAUCUCAAGUCAGCCGGAAGCUCCCAAGGACUGAGCCUAUUCCAGCACGUCAUCCUGCCGCUCUACGAAAUCCGUUCCAAUCAGCCCCGCAAGCGAAUAUGGCUCGAGUGAAAUCUCGCACCGAGGUCUGCCACCAGCUGGCAUCAAAUGCCCCAAACAUUAACAUCCAACCAACCUCCCGCUCCGUGGCCCAAUGGCCUCUUGGGGCUGUCAAAAAGACACACAUCACCGGUUUCCCUCGCAAUGGAAAUGAGAUCACCAUUGAAGAAGUUAUCCAGCGAGACGACUUGGAGUUGGGUGUAUUUAGCUCCUUCCUGUGGGAUAUGCCAUGGCUUUAUUCCAAGUUCAACAACUCGACACGCAUCUUAUUUGUUAUGCAAGCAAAUGACGACGAAACGCGAGAGCAAUAUCGUCGGGACAUUAGCAGCAUGCCCAAUUUUCGCUUGUGUUUCCCACCCAUGGAGCCGCAAGUGUUUUGUAUGCAUUCCAAGCUGCUUUUGAUGUUCCACCCUGGAUAUCUUCGUAUCGCAGUUCCUUCUGCGAAUCUCACUCCCACUGACUGGGGGGAGGAUAGACUUAUGGAAAACACUGUAUUCCUGAUUGAUCUUCCCAAACUCGAAGUUCCUGCUCCUGGAAAGACCCCAUUCUACGAAGAACUAGUCUACUUCCUCCAGGCAUCCGAUCUCCACCGCAACAUCAUCAAGAAGCUAGAUGAGUUUGACUUCAGCGAGACAAAGCGCUACGCGUUUGUUCAUACAGUUGGCGGAACCAACACCGACGACACAUGGCAACGCACUGGAUUCAGCGGCUUGGGUCGUGCUAUCAAAACCCUCGGCCUAGAGACAAACGCACCCAUCAAUGUCGACUACGUCGCCUCAUCGCUGGGAAAUCUCAACACUCCAUUCCUGCGCUCGAUCUACCUCGCUUGCAAAGGUGACAACGCUCUACUAGAUUACGAGCUCCGAACCGCAAACAAGAAAAAAGAACCCCGCACAGAAGUGGAAGCCCAUAACCAAGAAUGUCUCGACCACUUCCGCGUUUACUUCCCCUCAGAUGAGACCGCGUGUGACGUCCACAGUAAUGCCAGAAGCGCCAUCGGCACGAUCUGCUUCAAUCCAGCCUGGUGGUCCAGUGCCAAUUUCCCUCGUGACAUACUUCGAGAUUGUGUCAGUGAGCGUGGAGUCUUGAUGCAUAACAAGCUUGCCUUCGUUCAUCCAUCCACUCCGAUUGAGAUGUCCGAUAACAAAGAGUGCCGGGGUUGGGCUUAUGUGGGGAGUGCGAAUUUGUCGGAAAGUGCAUGGGGUCGUAUCGUCAAGGAUCCCAAAACGAAGCAGCUGAAAAUGAACUGCCGUAACUGGGAAUGCGGCGUUAUCGUGCCUAUCAUCGGCGAUAAGAAGACGCAGGAGAAAGAAAAGGGACCAGAGACACAUGGAACUGCCCCUUCGGCUCCUCUCCCCGUCAAUAUCUUCAAGGAUACUGUUCCUGUCCCGAUGAGAGUGCCCGCUGUUCCGUUGUCGGAGGACCGGAGGCCUUUCUUCUUUGGGGUUUAA